UAAGAUCAAACGUGAAACCAACACAGCGAUAAACGCGUGGAAUUUUCUGAAGCAAUGAAACUGUUAAGGUUGUUGAAAUUUACGUUCUAAUUUUCAACAGACAAUAAUCGAUUAAUGUUCUUCACCAGAAGGUCGCAGCACUGAUCCUUUCUCCGGUGUCUCCGGAAAACCGGAAGCGUGUCCAAUCCAAGAGAGGGAGAAGGGGAGAAUGAAACUUGUGAGAUAGGCAAGUCUGUGGACCAGAGUCGUAGCCAGGGUAUUUUGAGACACGGCUUUCACGGCAGAGAGACUGGAACGGGAUUGGGAAUGGUUCUGCGAUCGCCAGCAUCACUCAUUUUAAACCAAAGUUAGUGCAAAAAUGAAUUAGGUGUGGAAUAGAAUGCAUCGCCCAACAAAUCCAAACCUCUGAUCCAUCGCAGCCGUAUUGCUUUAAAGUCUGUUUUUUUAUUUUGUCCGUCGUUUAUUUGAUUGGUUAAGGACUCGUCCGUGAAAGCAGUGCGGGAUUCCUGGUUUGUUCCGAUUCUUCGACAGGAACGCGCCCAGCUUUGUCGUUACCCUUUCAUUCUUUCCCUGUCUUGUAUUUCGCUGCUUAAGGACUUGCUCUAAAGUAGUUUACUACAAUCAUCAUGGAGCUAUCGUCGGCGGAACGUGGACAGCGGCGGGAGAUCUACAUGCAAUCCACGGCCCCUAACAACACUCCGCGACGGUGGCUGUUGUCUAGUAGGGCAGUUACUGUUCUCGCUGUUGGCAUGCUCUUUGUGAAAGUUGUCUGCGCGCAAGCGGGCUCCUUGGACUUCACCACGGAGCCCAGUUCCCAGGAUGCACAGCACGGGCGCAGCGCCAUGCUGAGCUGUGAGGUCAGCGACCCGGCGGGCGUGGCCUACAGCUGGCUGUACGACGGCGCGCCGGUGACGGACUCCGAGCGCCGCUUCCAGGAGGGCAGCAACCUCAAGUUCACCGCCGUGGACCACCGGCUGGACGGCGGGAACUUCCAGUGCGUGGCGGUCGACACCGCCACCGGGGAGGAGAAGCGGUCGAGCAACGCGUCCUUCAACAUCAAGUGGCUGGAGAGUGGCGGGGUGACGCUCAAAGACCCCGCCUCCGAGGCGGAGAUUGAGAGCUCUGCACCAGUCACGUUGCGGUGUCACAUUGAUGGACAUCCACGGCCCAACUGCCAGUGGUUCAAGGACGGCGUUCGGCUGUCGGAGAGGAGUCACAUGAUCAGCGGCAAGGAGCGCACGCUCACGCUGAAGAACCCCAGCCCCGAGGAGAACGGCCUGUACCACUGCUGCGGCAAAAACACCGUCGGACAAGUGUGCAGCAACCGCAACUUCACCCUCAACAUCAUAGAUAAGAGCUUCCCCCGGCCGGUGGUCUCACCUGUGGACCAGGUGGUCAUGCGGAACGAGGAGGCCGUCUUCCACUGCCAGUUCGCCGCCGAGCCGCCGCCCACGGUCGAGUGGUACCACGGCAACGACCCCGAGCCCCUCACCAACAAGACCCGGCUCUUCGUGCUCAGUAACGGGACCCUGCAGAUCACCCAGGUGAAGGUGCGCACCACCGGCGUGUACAAAUGCGUGGCCCGCGGGCCCCGGGGCCCCCCCGUCACCCUGGAGGCCAACCUUCGCCUGGCGGAGAUUGAGGAUAUGGGGCCUCUGAUGGUGCAGGUCUUCACGGUGGACACCCUACAGCGAGUGCGCUGCAAACCUCCGCAUGGUCACCCCAAACCGGAGGUGUGGUGGGAGAGGGGCGGGGUCCGCCUACCCCAGGAGGGCCGGGUGUACCAGGACGACCUGAGCCUGGUGUUCAGCCCCACGGAGGGGGCCGAUUCGGGGUCCUACACCUGCGUGGCCCAGAACCGGGCGGGGACCAGGAGGCAGGAGCUGGCCGUCACUGUGGCCACUGCUCCGGAAUGGGUGACCAAACCGGAAGACAGCCAGCUGGAGGAGGGGCGUCCCGGCUACCUGCACUGCCUCACCAGCGCCACCCCUGACCCGGAGGUCUCUUGGUACCGCAACAGCAUAGCCAUUACUGAGGACAGUCGCUAUAAACUGUACCCCAACGGGACGCUGCGCAUUAACAGUGUUGAGGUGUACGACGCGCACCUGUACAGCUGCAUGAGCAGGACCCAGGGAGGAACGCUGAACGCUAACGCGCGAGUCCACGUGCUCGAGAAGCUGAAGUUCACGCCGACCCCCCAGGCCGUGCAGUGCCUGGAGCUGGAUAAAGCCGGCAGUGUGCAGUGCUCAGCCAAGGGCCGGGAGGCCCCCACCGUCCAGUGGACCAAAACAGACGGCAGCGGGAUCCCGCCGCGCGUCGAGCAGAAGGCCGGGCUGCUGCGCUUCCCCAAGGUGACACGCCGCGACUCCGGGAACUACACCUGCGUCGCCUCGAACAGCCUGCAGGGGGAGAUACGCGCCAUGGUGAUCCUGAACGUAGCGGUGUACGUUAAGUUCAAGAUGGAGCCAGACAACACCACGGUGUACCAAGGCCACACGGCCAUUCUUCACUGCCAGGCCACUGGAGACCCAGAGCCCUACAUCCAGUGGAGGAUUAAGGACAAGUUCCUGGACCCCAGCCAGAGCAGGUUCCAGAAGAUGGCGAAUGGUUCGUUGGUGAUCCGCACCGUCAGCACGGAGGACACCGGGAAGUACACGUGCAUCGCCGGGAACAGCUGCGACAUCAGGUCCACCUUCGCGGAGCUCUACGUCGUGGAGAAGCCGGUGCAGCACUCGAUGGAGGACGAAGACAAGGCUCCGUACAAGAUGAUCCAGACCAUCGGGCUGUCCGUGGGCGCGGCCGUGGCCUACAUCAUCGUGGUGCUGGCGCUCAUGUUCUACUGCAAGAAAAGACGCAACGCCAAGCGGCUGCAGAAGAACACCGAGGGGGAGGAGCCUGAGAUGGAGUGCCUCAACGGGGGAGCAGUUCAGCAGAACGGCCAGACCACGGCAGAGAUCCAGGAAGAGGUGGCUCUGACUAACCUGACUGCCACGGCGACCAGCAACAAGCGCCACAGCAGCAAUGACAAGCUGCACUUCCCCCGUGCCAACCUGCACACUAUUACUACUCUGGGUAAGGGCGAGUUUGGGGAGGUGCUCCUGGCGAAGGCGCAGGGCAUCGAGGAGGGCGAGGAGGAGACGGUGGUGCUGGUGAAGAGCCUGCAGACGCGCGACGAGCAGCUGCAGCUGGACUUCCGCCGCGAGUUUGAGAUGUUCGGCAAGCUCAGCCACGCCCACGUGGUGCGGCUGCUGGGCCUGUGCCGCGAGGCCGAGCCCCACUACAUGAUCCUGGAAUACGUGGACCUGGGGGAUCUGAAACAGUUCCUGAGAAUCUCCAAAAACAAAGACGACAAAGUCAAACCUCAGCACCUCAGUACCAAGCACAAGUUGUCCAUCUGCGCCCAGGUGGCUCAGGGCAUGGAGCACCUGUCCAACCACCGCUUCGUCCACAAGGACCUGGCGGCGCGAAACUGCCUGAUCAGCGCCCAGCGCCACGUCAAAGUGUCCGCCCUCAGCCUGAGCAAGGACGUCUACAACAGCGAGUACUAUCACUACCGCCAGUCCUGGAUCCCGCUGCGCUGGCUCCCCGCCGAGUCGGUCUUCGAGGACGACUUCUCCACCAAGACGGACGUGUGGUCCUUCGGGGUCCUGAUGUGGGAGGUGUUCAGCCAGGGGGAGCUGCCCUACACCAAGAUGAGCGACGACGAGGUCCUGGAAGGUCUGCAGGCUGGGAAGAUGAAGCUGCCGGCUCCAGAGGGGUGCCCCUCGAAGGUGUACAAGCUGAUGGGACGCUGCUGGGCCCCCAGCCUGAAGGAGCGCCCCUCUUUCAGCGAGAUGGUCAACGUCCUGGGCGAGGUCCCCACCGACAGCAAAGUCUGAGAGGGGCUCCUGCUCCACCCCCACUGCACCCACCCCCUCCCCCUCGCCUGCGUGUGUGUGAGAGUGUGUGAGAGUUUGAGUGUGUGUGUGUGUGUGUGUGUGUAUAUGAGUGUGUGUGAGUGUGAAUGUGUGUGUGCAUGUGUGUGUGUGUGUAUGUGUGUGAGUGUGUGUUUUUAUGUGUGUGUGUGUGUGUGUGUCCAUCCCUCACCCUUUCGCACUCACAGACUUAAGACUGAGAAUGAAGAUUCUGUGGAGUCUUAUCUUACGACAGUUUCAAAAUGCGGUAGAGGCGGGGAGGGGAGAAGAGAAGAGAAGAGAGGACUGUUUGUUUUUCUCUGUUGUGGAGACGUUUGUUUUUAUUGGUUUUACGUUAUUAUUCAAACCGCCCAAUUGGGCUCUGAGGACGUUUUGACCGGGGCCCGGUUUUGGGUUGGGCGAUGGCACGGGGCAGUUUGUGCAUUCCCGCACAGGACUCUGGGAAACUGCCCCCACCUCCCCUCCAUCUGCAGGAUACAGUACUGAGCUUCCCCUUGUCGCCCUCCACCAGGACAGCAGAACCACAGCAAGGCAUUGUCCUCGGCAGCCAGGAGGGGGCGCUGGCAGGACCAAGCAUCUGUCCUUGCAAAUUCUGCCUCUGGACUGGAGAUCUGUGUGUCAUAUUGUCAGGUGUGUGUGUGUGUGUGCGGAGAAACCUCAGGUGUCCGCUGCAAACUGUACGAGUCAGUGUUUGUUACCAUAUCAGCAAGUGUGUGUCGGUGUAGUCGAGCGUAUUUCAGGGAAGGAAAGAAAGAUGUUUUCUGUCUUUUCAGCCCGAGAGGAGAUGUUACAAAAACUGUAAUGCUUGUGUGUGUGUGUGUGUGUGUGUGUGUGUGUGUGUGUGUGUGUUAGUUAGUGUGUUUGUACAUGUGAACAAAAGCGUGUGCAUGCGUGUGUGCGUGUGGCUGUCAUGAUUUUCAUGUGUGAGUGUGCGUGCGUGCGUGUGUGUGUGUGUUUGUACAUGUGAACAAAAGCGUGUGCAUGCGUGUGUGCGUGUGGCUGUCAUUGUUUUCAUGUGUGAGUGUGCGUGCAUGCGUGCGUGUGUGUGUUUAGCAGUGUGUUUGUGUUUUCCCUUGUUUAAGCCCAUGUUGUUACAGUGGACUCUUACUGUUGCUAGGAAACACUGCAAUAUUUUUUGCAGGACACACGGAGCCUAUCUUUUUUCUUUUUAAAAAAAAAAAAAAAGCCUUUCUUUAGCUAGCUGAGGUAAACCUGUAUUCAGCGUGCCAUCAACCAAGCACCUGUCGUUAUGUCACCGCAAGGCUUGCUCUGCUAGCGUCGCUAACCGAGCUGGACCAAUCAGAACGAGCAACGCCUCAAGCGGUGAUUUCUGUAUAUAAUGUAGACACCAUGCACUAACCACACGUACAGUUCAAUUUUGUAUUCUAGAAGGAUUUUCAGGAACCAGUUUUAUUACGAAGGUCCUGUUUUUUUAUUGUUUUUGUUUUUUUUGUUUUCAGAACGGUACAGUUCAUUUGUUAUUUUUUAUGCAGUUUUAUGUACUUGGCAUUUUGUAAUAAACACGGCAUUUUAUAAUAACAUUAAUGAAAUGGGAUGGGAGGGUAUAUCUGGUCUGACUAAACUACACUACACAGAUUCAAGUGCCUGGUAAAUGAAGGAUUUCUUUUUUCAGAUUUGACAUGUCUUAUGAAAUGCAAAUGCCUUGUUUUUACUCGUUUUUGUUUUUUUAAAAUAUUUUUUAUACAUUUAAUUGUUUUUAUUAUUAUUAUUAUUAUUAUGUUUUUAUUCUUGGAUAUAAAUGUGCAAAAAUACACUCUUAGCAGUUCUACUUUAUCUCAAUGCUAGGCACCUACACCUAGACGUUUUUAAGUCUGCUUUUGCAAUACUGGGGCAAUGACUAUACAUGCUGCUCUCAAUAAAGUUUCACAUUUUGUAAA